GGGGUAGCCUUGUUUGACUUGUCAUCUCCCACCGCAUACUGUCUCUCUUUUCUUACCAUAUAUAAGAGAGGAAGAAAAAAGUACAGAGAGCUUUGUUUCUUGUUUCUGAGAUCAUCAACGCACCAUGGAAGAACACGGUACCCUAGAUAUCGUCAUCGUCGGCGCCGGAAUCUCUGGCCUUUCCACGGCAGUUGGGCUCCAUAGGCUUGGGAUCAGAAGCAUGGUGCUGGAAUCUUCGGAGAUACUGAGAGCGACAGGAUUCGCAUUUACGACUUGGUUCAAUGCUUGGAAGGCCAUGGAAGCUCUCGGCGUUUCUCAGCAUCUUCGCAGUCUCCAUGAUCGCCUUCAAGGAUGGGUGGUUGGAUCCAUUUCUGCGGCAAAUCCUUCUAAAGAGAUGCUGUUUCCAGAAUCCGAAGAAUAUGAGUCUCGAUGCGUACAGAGGAAGCUCUUGUUAGAGGCUCUAGCAGGUGAGUUGCCUGAGGAGACCAUAAGGUUUUCGUCUAAGGUUGUUCAUAUCGAAUUGUCUGGACACUACAAGAUGGUUCAUCUCUCUGACGGGACCAUCCUCAAAACCAAGGUUUUGAUAGGGUGCGAUGGUCUGUACUCAGUGGUUGGUAAGUGGCUAGGCUUCAAAAAUCCGGCUACAACUUCCCGGUUAGCGAUCCGAGGGCUAACCCAUUUCCCGGCAGGCCACGGAUUUGGGAAAAGGUUCUUCCAGUUUUAUGGAAACGGUGUUCGUACAGGUUUUAUCCCCUGUGACCACAACACUGUCUACUGGUUCCUAACCCACAGCUCCACUGAUAUAGACGAGGAGACAGAUCCGGAAAUUCUGAAAGAGUUUGUGCUUAACAAGAUCAAAGACUUACCUGAAAACAUUAAGAGUGUCGUGGAGACCACCGAUCUUGAUAGCAUGGUGAUGUCACGACUGAAGUACCGACCUCCAUGGGAACUCCUAUGGUCAAACAUCACAAAAGAUAACGUAUGCGUAGCAGGGGAUGCGCUUCACCCAAUGACUCCUGAUAUCGGACAAGGCGGUUGCUCAGCCAUGGAGGAUGGAGUUAUCCUGGCUCGUUGUCUCGGUGAAGCUAUAAGAGCUAAGAAUCUGAAAAGUGAAACAGAAGAUGAAGAAGAGAGUCAUAAGCGGAUUGAACAAGGUUUGAAGAAGUAUGCAGGAGAAAGGAAAUGGAGAAGCAUUGAUCUUAUAACAACGGCAUAUACAGUAGGUCUCAUACAGCAGAGCAGAGGGAAGUGGAUGAACCUGUUCAGAGACAGGUUCUUGUCGUCUUUCCUUUCUCGGUUGCUGCUGAAAAAGUCUCAUUUCGAUUGCGGAAGCCUUGUCUCCCGUGAGCAAGCAGAAGCCUUGUCUCCCGUGAGCAAGCAGAGGAUUGAAAAGCUUGUUAUUCAACAACUAUAGAUAAAGAGCUACAGACCAGUGUUCACAUAUGUUUCACUUCUAGUUAUUAUAUAGAAACUCUGUAUAGAAAGAAAGGAUUAAUAAAAAGCCACAAGUCAAGGUUCAGUAGUGAACAAGAAGCUAACAAGGCAAGGUCCUUCUCCAUCUUCAAGGCUUCCCCUUAUUAUUUUCUAUCAGUGUGACUAUUUAGAGAGUUUUGGACCAUUCGUGUAAUUCUUAAUAACUACUUGACUCGAGUAGAAAAAUAAACACGGAGAGCUUUAAUGUA